AUGUGUUAUCAAGAUGUAUCAUUUCGAUGUGAAGAACAUUCAUGUCGACCAGAUGGUGAAACAUUUUCAUGUGGCGAUGGUCAAUGUGUGACAAGAUAUGAAUAUUGUCAUAGUGGUCGACAUCAAUUAUUGAUUGACUCAAUGAUGCAAAAAGGUGAUCUAAAAGAAGAGUGUUGGAUAACGAUGGUUUGUUUAACUAAACUUGUCAAAGAAAUUAAUGGAACAUCAUGUCAUCUAUGGUUGAUGAAUGCUUUUCCUAAUCGAUAUCUCCUACAAUGUCCUUCUUUCUUUCAGUUUCCAACUGUUCCUAUUUAUUCAGAUUAUGUCCAAUUUUUUUAUGAAAAUAUUUCCUUGCAAAGCAAUCUAACCAAUGAUUUUGCCCCUGAUUAUAUAUGUUAUACUGCAAAACGAUGCGAAUUUCAUCGAAAUGAUUCAAUUUACGGUGAUCUUGUUUGUAUAAAGGAAGCGGAUCCAUUCGUGAGACGUGAUAAUACUGCUAAAAAUCCUUGGAGUCAACUAAUACGAUGGAUUGAGCAAAAUUUUCGUCGCUGUUUUGUAUCAAAAAAUCUUAUUCGAAAUAAAACGACAUAUUUAAAUUACACAACACUUUACCAAUGUUCAAACUCGUUAAAAAUGAUUUCUUUACAUCGUAUCAAAGAUAGAAUAAUAGACUGUGUUGAUAAAGAUGAUGAAGACUUUUUCAAUAGUUGUCGAAUCAAUUAUCAACAUAGAAUCAAAUGUGGUGGAGCAGAGGAAUGUUGGUCACCAAUACAGAAAGAACACGCUUGUCGAUCGAGUUUCGAGCAGAGUAAAGAAAUUCUUCCAUUUCAAAGUUUUUGUGAUGGUAUCUCUCAUUAUUUUUAUCACAAUUUAAAAAGAGAAAUGCAUUUUGAAGAAGAUGAAUGUGAUAUGAAUAAGUUAUGUGAUAAUAUGUAUUCCCGUUGUGAUGGCUAUUGGGCAUGUCCAGACGGACGAGAUGAAUGGAACUGUACUCAAUCCAUAUGUCCAGCAACAAGUCAUCCAUGUAUAUCUCCUUAUAAUUAUACAAUAUCUUGUUUAAAUUAUACUCGUGUUAAUGAUGGAAAUGAUGAUUGUCUUGGAGCAACAGAUGAACAAGAAUAUUGUCGUCUCAUGUUUAACUCGCAUCGAUUCCCUCUUCGUUUUCGAUGUUUAAGCGAUACAGAAUGUUUAUCAUCAUCUGUACUAUGUGAUAAACAUGUUGAUUGUCUGCAUUUGAAAGAUGAUGAAGAAUUUUGUAAACAUCAUUCAUUUACUUGUCAAUACAAGAAUAUAUCAUAUCAACGAAAUCAAAUUGAACAAAUCUUAUGUGGAUUAAAUGAAAAUAAUCAACAUCAUAUAAAAUUCUUUUCAGUUAUUACUUCAUCACCUUAUCCGAUUUCGACAAAAUUAUCCAAUCACAAUGAUCAAAUUGAUUCUUUAAAAAUAAAUAAAGAAAAAGAAGAUGAUGAUUCUAUUGAUAUAAAAAAGAAUCUAAUAUACUCAAAAGAAGAUCAACAAUGGUCUCAUUAUUGUAAUCGUGGAAUAAUGAUUAAAAAAGAGUUUAAUAAUAAAAGUUCAUAUGAAUGUUUAUGUUCAUCAAGUUAUUAUGGUCAAUUUUGUCAAUAUGAAAAUCAACGAAUAAGUUUAUCAUUGAAAUUAAGUUCAAUAAAUCGUUAUGAAAUUUAUGAAAUUCUUAUUUUAUUACUUAAUGAUAAACAAAAUCAAAUAAUAACAUAUUCACAAUUUCAAUAUAUUNUAUAA